CCUUUCUUCUUUCACAUCCGCCACCCUUCAAGCAAAGUGAAUGUAGUGAGUAUUCGCGGGACUGUAGACGCGCGGGACUGGUUUGAGAAUGCUAAAAUGUGGAAUGAGAUUGCAGUGUUUCAGUUGAUCUCAGUCGCACUACCAAUACAACACCUGCCAUUUGAGUUUGUUGCCUUCUUCAUCGCAAAGUCAGCGUCUAUUGAUUACCUGUUACAUCGAUCUACGUACGGCUAUUAUUUUAAACCUUUGGAAGACUACAUCAAAGCAGAGAGAAAUGCUUCGGAGGAGGAAUACUACUUGGUAGGGCACUCGUUAGGCGGUGGACUUGCCAAGAUAAUUGGAAGUAGGAAUAAGAUUCCAGCCAUUGCCAUAUCAAGUCCAGGAGAGAUUUACAAUCACAUUAAGUUUGACUACACUUUAGAAGACGUCCAGACCUACACGACUACAGUUCGCGCUCAAAACGAUCUUGUCACGUGGAUUGAUAGAUCUGGGGGGCUCAUCCAGCAUGUGGAGUGCGACAACUCGGAUUUUUUAAAGUGUCACAGCAUCUACAAGACGUAUUGCGAGCUAAAGAAGAAAUGUCACGCAACGACAAGAAUCCAUUGCCCUGGUGAUCCCAAGGCAAUGGAUGUGGUGAUGGAAAGGUUGCACCGCAACGUGAACAUGAAUGAGUGACAUAUAUUGUGUAGUGUGACUGUCAUCUCUCUAUUUGCUUGAUUUAUUUAUUUUUGUCAUGCUUUUUGUAUUGUUUUUUUUUUCCUACAAGUUGAUGAUGAUUUUUAAUUGAGAACUAACAACAGAACCAUCCUCUCAUUUCUAACAUGAAAGUUCCAGUUCUUGUUCUCGACCCCCCUCCACCUUCUGCGCAUUCUUUCUGAGUGACCCCCAUUUUUUUAAAUCUGUAAAAUGAUUUGCACCCCACUAAACUCUUCHGCACCAUCCCUGGUGAUAAGUAAUGACUCCGAAUGUGUUUGAAGACUGUUUUGUCAGUUGACCCGUUCAGUCAAAUCAUACAAACCAUGUAAGGCUGGCAAUAUUCAAAAAUAUGGACAAUUCCCCUAAAAGACUUAAAUUUAGAAGCAGGUAGAAAAUAGAAUUAGUAUUGUUGAAUACUGAAAAAUCAUAAAUAAUUGUAUGAAAUUUGUUGUGUUUAUCAAAAAAUAAAAAUUAAAGCUACACGGCAAGU